AUGGAGCGCGUUCUCCAGAAAUUGGACGGCGUGGAGAAGGCGCUCCACCGCUCGAUCGCUGAGUCGUCUUCUCACACAGCGCCCCUAGCUGCACCUGUCGCUCCCCUCACUGCUCUCCUGCCGCACAACCCAGUGGGGUCUCUGGUGCGUCUUGGCCGUCUGCUGCCCGCAGGAACUGGCUUCGUGGGCACGGAUCUCGCCGUGUCGUCUCGUCAUGCUCGCACCGCUGUUGUCCUUCAGCCGAUGAAAGAAGAGCCCACGGCGACCCUGGCUCACUUGUGGUCGCUGGUGGAGUGCCUGCAGAGUCUUGAGCUGAUUCUCCAGGAGUCGCAUGGCUCCAUGUUGGAGACCCCACCGUGCACGUUCUCUUAG